AUAAAAACAUCAUAACGGCCCAAUAAAAAGGUUUUUUUAUCAAAAAUAAUGGUGGUUGACUGGUUGUGGAGGUUGGGGCACAUGAGAGAGAGAGAGCGUCUGAUCAAAUUAAACACUUCAGGUUUGUAUGUACUUUCUUCACUUGCCCGGUGGGUUCAAGACAACCCAACACGUUCCUUUAUAAAAACAAAGCAACUCAUUUCCUCAAAGCUCAAUCUCAUAACACCAUGGCUCAUCUUCAACCUCCUAACAUCAUCGAGACCACUCACAUCUUUCCCCCAAAAGGCACCGUUCCAUCCACCACUCUGCCUCUCACCUUCUUCGAUGCCCCAUGGCUCAAUCUACCACUCUCCGAGUUUCUCUUCUUCUUCUCUUACCAAAACUCAACUGAUUGUUUCCUCAAAGACAUUUUACCUAACCUCAAACAAUCACUCUCCAUUACCCUCAAACAUUUCUUCCCAUACGCCGGCAAACUAAUCAUCCCGCCUCGUCCCGAUCCUCCCUACUUACGCUACAAGGAUGGUGAAGACUCUCUUCUUCUCAUUGUUGCAGAGUCCACUGGAACAGCUGAUUUCAAUGAUUUGAAAGCCGAUUCUGCUAAAGAUAUCAGAGUGUUGCAUGGCGUCAUGCCAAAGUUACCUCCACCUCAUGUCUCUCCAGAAGGAAUUCUGAUGCGGCCAACGAGGGUGAUGCAAGUCACCAUCUUCCCUGGAGCCGGAAUCUGUAUAGGCAACUCAGCUACUCAUUUUGUAGCAGAUGGAGUCACCUUCAGUCAUUUCAUGAAGUAUUGGAUGACAUUGACCAAAUCCAAGGGCCAAGAUCCAGCUGCCACGCUUCUUCUACCCUCUCCGCCUGAUCACAGCUGCAGAAACAUGAUCAAGGACCCAGGCGAGGUAGCUAAAGGACACUUGGAGAGGUUUUGGAGCCAAAACUCUGGAAAACACAGCUCACAUGCCAUGCCUGAGAACAUGGUCAGAGCUACUUUUACAAUGAGCCGUAAACAGAUAGAAAAUCUCAAGCACUGGGUUACAGAGCAGUCUGAGAAUCAGUCUCCUGUUUCUACCUUCGUGGUGUAUCUAGCGUUCACUUGGGUGAGCUUGAUCAAGACGCUUAUUGAAGACAGUGGAAAGGAGGGAGACAAAGACGAAGUCUUUCAUUUGAUGAUUAAUGUGGAUUGCAGGAAUCGUCUCAAGUAUGCAGAAACAGAACCAAUACCACAAACAUACUUUGGCAACUGCAUAGCUCCUGGUAUCGUAUCAGUCAAGAAACGAGAUUUGCUAGGAAAGAAAGGCGUUUUGGCUGCUUCGGAUGCACUGACAGCGAGAAUCAGUGAUAUGUUAUCAAGUGAUCUAUUGAAAACAGCACCAAGUUGGGGACAAGGAGUACGCAAAUGGGCAAUGUCACGUUUUCCAACAUCAAUAGCAGGAGCUCCAAAACUGAGAAUGUAUGAUAUGGAUUUCGGGUUAGGAAAGCCCUGCAAAAUGGAUAUAGCUCACAUAGAAACAGGAGGCUCGAUUGCAUUCGCAGAGUCCAGAGACGGCAGUAAUGGAGUUGAGAUUGGAAUAGCACUGGAGAAGAAAACAAUGGAUGCCUUUGCUAUGAUUCUACAAGAGGGGAUCAAGGAAUUUGAAACAUAGCACAAUUCCCAUUCUUCUCUAACAACUUGUUCACCAAUCUUAAUUUCCCUUCAAUCAUAUAUCAUUACCAACCUUUCUCAUUUACAAGAACUUGUAACGGCCAAAUAAAUCAACUUCUAUAGGUCUCUCA